GCUGCAAAGCUUCCUCCUGCAGUCUUUACUUGCGCCAGCUCUCGCGCUCGCCGCUCUGAGUUGCUCCCACGUGAGGAGGCUGAGAAGCUUGGUGUGGUGUGGCGAGGAAAUUCUUCCAAGCAGAGCUCUCAUGAGUUGCUCGAAGCCACUGACAUGCCAUCAGAUUUCAGCUGGUGCAACAAGGAUGGCAAGAGCUACUGCACCAUGUCCAGGAACCAGCACAUCCCCCAGUACUGCGGCUCUUGCUGGGCGCAUGGAGCCAUUUCUGCAUUGGGAGACCGCAUCAAGAUUGCGCGCAACGCACAGGGCGUGGACAUCAACUUGGCGGUGCAGCACUUGCUGAACUGCGGUGGGGUGGGAAGCUGCAAGGGAGGCACCGUGGAUGGCCCUUACCAGUGGCUCAAACAGAUGUCCGAGAAGGGCACUGGCAUCAGCUACGAGACGGCAAAUCCUUAUGUUGCUUGCUCCUCCGACUCGACUGAAGGGUUUUGCUCCCACGUGGACACCUCGUGCAAGGCUGCGAAUGUGGCACGUACCUGUGGCAGCUUUUCCCAGGAGGGCGGCCCAUGCACUGGCCUUGGCUAUUUUCCCAAUGCAACCAUCACGGACUAUGGUUCCAUCAGUGGAGCAGAUGCCAUGAUGAAGGAAAUUUUUCAUCGUGGUCCGAUUUCCUGCGGCGUGGAUGCCAAUCCUCUUCUGAACUACGAGUCUGGCAUCAUCAAGACCAAGGGUGAGGGUGUGGACCAUGUCGUGUCCGUGGUUGGCUGGGGCACUGACUCCAAGGAUGGCAUGUACUGGAUUGUCCGCAAUUCAUGGGGCGAGUACUGGGGUGAGAUGGGGUACUUCAGGGUGGCGAAGGGCGCUCUGGUGUUGGAGGACCAGUGCUCCUGGGCAGUCCCAGGAUCUUUCACCGCAGCCGAGAAGAACAACCAGGUGCACUGCCAUGAGGGCGGUGACAACUGCAAGGCCAAGGCCGAGGAGCACCAGGUUGUUGUUUAA